AUGGUAGAUACCUGCUCCCGUUGGCCAGAAGUACAUGUUAUGAAGAGUACUACGUCCACAGCUAUCAUAAAAUGCACGAAGACCACAUUUGCAACCCAUGGAAUCCCGCACGAAAUUGUUACUGACAAUGGACCACAAUUCACCUCCGCUGAGUUUGGUACAUACCUUUCCAAUUGUGGUAUUGUACACCGUAAAGUCACACCCUAUUGGCCCCAGGCAAACUCCGAAGUAGAACGUUUUAACCGAACUGUAGAAAAAGCAAUACGUGCAGCGAACGUCGAAGGGAAAAAUUGGAAAGAAGAACUUGAUGUUUUCCUACUGAAUUAUCGUUCAACUCCCCACUGUACAACCGGGAAACCACCUGCAGUUCUCCUUUUUGGCCGUAACAUUAGAAAUAAAAUACCCGUGCCACCAACAUCGACAACAGCUGAUGACAUACCAGUAACAGUUCGUCAACAUGAUCGCGAAAGAAAAGAGAAAAUAAAGUCUUACGCUGAUGACCACAACCGAGCUUCAUCGUCUGACGUGAAAAAGGGAGAUACGACGACCUAUGAUCCGAAGCCGUACAUUGUCGAAGAAAAGAAAGGGCCCAGUGUGCUACUGAAACGACCCUUUGAACGACAGAUUAUGAGAAAUGAAAGUAUGACACGUAAGAUUCCUGAUGGAAAAGACGUCGCGGAUGCUAAGAAAAGAGGACUCCAAAAUUGCGGACAACAGGUCAGCGAAGAGAAGAAACAUGAAAAGCAGAACGAGGUCAGCAUAAGACCAAAACGGGCUAGACAGCCACCGGACUAUUACGGACAGAGCUGA